UGCGAAGAUGAGGACGGUGCUCCGGAGUUCCGCGCUGUACCGCCUUUCAGCAUUUUCCUAUGCUCAUGACGUAGUGCCGAGAGGCGUCUCAGCUCUUUAUUGUAGCGUUAAAAACAUUCACGCGGGCCGGGGCCUGCGGGCGGACGGCCGGCGCGCCUUCCCGGCCAUCUACACGCGCACCGGCGACGCCGGCACGUCGGCCACGUUCACCGGCGAGCGUCGGCCCAAGGACGACUGCCUGUUUGAGGCGCUGGGUACCGUCGAUGAGCUCUCGGCUACCAUCGGGCUGGCGCGCGUGCUGGCCAGGGACGCCGGCCACCCGUACGUGGCGCGGCUGGAGCGGCUGCAGUGCGCGCUGCAGGACGUCGGCUCGCUGGUGGCCACGCCGCGCUCGUCGGCGCGGCCUGCGCACACGCGCCGCACCGGCGCCGCCGUGCCGGCCGCAUGGGUCACCGAGCUCGAGCACUGGAUCGACGAGUAUACCCAGCAGCUGCCGCCGCUCGACAACUUCAUACUGCCGGGCGGCGGGGUGGCGAGCGCCACGCUUCACCUGGCACGCACCGUCUGCCGGCGGGCUGAGCGGGCCCUGACUCCGCUCACCAGGGUUGGCGAGGUGGACCCCAGCGUCGCCGUCUACCUCAACAGAUUGGGGGAUUUCCUAUUCACGGUGGCACGCGCCGCUGCCCAGGCGGACGGCGUCGACGAAGAGAUUUACGUCCGUCCGAAAACGGAUUCCACUGCCGACAAUGCGGAGUAGAGGUGUGGCGAGUAAAUGCCUUCGUAUCCGUCGUAUCGUCAGGUGUCGUGGAGUCCGGCGGCUUCGUGGAGCCUCGAAGACGGUCGCUGAAGAUCGUGGACUACCAUGGCGGGGCGUGGAGUGAUUAGUCGCGGCACAAGUGUCGUAGUGUCACCGAGCGCCGGAGAGUAUCAGACGGUGAGCGGCGGCCGACGAGUUCAGAAGUUGGGGGUUGCGGGUCUGUGUUAGCAAGUCGAGACUGAGCUGUGUGUCCGGGCGAACGCGUGGGCUGAGCACGCUCGCCGGGGUGGCGGGGAUCACGGGCUCCCCACCGGCGGCGUGGAGGGAAACACCGCGCCUGGUCGCAGGGAAGGCAUGUGACUGGCGGCCGGCGGCUCCACACGAUGACGCAGAUCGGGUUUUGACGCCGAAUUGUGGAGU